GAGAGGAAGGAGAGAAGGCAGAGGAAUGAGAACAACGCUAAGACUUGCAGCUCGCAACUCGAAUAUUGCAAAAACUGAAGAGUGAAGAUUUUUGCUUCCAUCGUUCUCCGAACUGAAGGCUUUAUCCCAAUGCCGCUUUUGAAGAGAAAGCCUUUUGUGUUGCCUGAGCCACCUGAUGAUUUGGAGCCGCACGAGAAUGUUUAUCAAAUUCGAUUUACAAAAGAAAUAUUUCAAGAUUACAAUGAUUAUUUGAAUCGUCUAAAUCAGUAUCGCCAGAGGGUUUGGACAUGCAAAAUUACUGGAAAAUCUGGCUUGACUUAUGAAGAGGCUCUGGUGUCAGAGAAGCAUGCUGCUGAGAAAGUUCAACAGAUUCCGGAAGAAUUAGUGGCACCUGCUCUAAGGAUUAUCCACUACAGCAUGCUCCCUUUGAAGGAUCUUGCUGAUUCUAUUGCUGAAAAGUUGCAGGAACAGUUGUUUGUGGGCGCUCAAUUGUAUGGAAAAAAGAAUGACAGAGUACGUCCAUGUAAAGUAUUGAAAGUGAUGCAGGAAGAUGCUGAAAAUGUCCGCUAUGUGGUAGCUUGGCUUGAUGAAAACAAUAAUAUUAUUGAAAGAGAAGAAGUCAGCUCUCAAGAUUUGGUACAGAAGAAGCCAUGUUUUAGUAGAAAUAUUUUGAAGUCUUUUAUUCGCAAAUCUACAUAUCGAAAUGCUCCUUGGGUUUUACAUGAUAAACUGGCAAAAAAACAUGGAAUCUCUACUGACAUUCCAGAGGAGUUAAGGAGAAAGUUUUUCUUCAACAAUGGGCUUGUGGUCUGCACCAAAAAAAGAAAAAAUGAGGAAGAGUCAAUCAAAUAUCCAAUUGAUGAUCUAUUAGUGAAGCCUAGUCCAGAUGAUCCUGUUUUCAGUAGUCGUCCUUCUCCAUCAAGAGACUUUAAUGUUCCAAUUUAUUGUGUAGGGGAUCUCUUAAUGGUUUGGGAUUUUUUUAUGUCUUUUGGUAAACUGUUGCGGUUGUCUCCUUACUCUCUCAAAGAUUUUGAAAAUGCAAUUAGCCACAAGGAAAGCAAUGUAGUUCUUCUAGUGGAAUCUCAUGCAGUACUCUUACGAGUGCUCAUCAAAGGUGAUUAUGAAUACUCUGCAGCUGUUCUGGAAAAAAUACAGAAGAAGAUUACAUUGAUUAGUUGGAAAGACUAUCUAUCUGAUUUUCUAGAAAUGAUCAAUAUUCCCAAGUUGCGGCAACAUGAAGCAACAAUUAAACGGGGAGAUUAUGGUUAUGUAGAUGUCAAUGCUAAAUUAGAAAUCUUUCGUGAACUAGUCAAUAGAGCGCUUGGAACUGCUUUUGUCAGGGAAAAAUUGGAUGAGUUUAUUGAACAGAGGACGGUACUGGGGGCCGCUAAAAGGGAAGAAGCAAUUGAAGCUGCUGGGAAGAGAAGAAAAGUAAAGGAGCAGUUGAAAGCUGAUUUUGAAAGGAACUGUGGCGAGAAUGGGCAUCAUCUUGGCACGGUACUGGGGGCCGCUAAAAGAGAAGAAGCAAUUGAAGCUGCUGGGAAGAGAAGAAAAGUAAAGGAGCAGUUGAAAGCUGAUUUUGAAAGGAACUGUGGCGAGAAUGGGCAUCAUCUUGGCCAUGAUGCAAGUGUGUCAACAAAUAAUAAUCACAGAAUACAGAAUGGUGUCGCUGGAAAGAAUAGAAACGGAGAGAUAGAAUCAUCUAGGCAAAGAGAUGCAUUGGAUAGUGGGAUCAAGCAUUCAAACAUUGAUUCAAAAAUAAAGGCUAAAAAGUUCAAUUUGGAGCUGAAUAGAACAGCAGAAAUUGUGGAAGUAUCCAGAAAGGAAUCAAAGAAACAACCAGGGGGUGAUAAGGAUCAAUCAGAGAAAAGUGCAGAACAGAGGAGUGAAUAUUUUGAUCGGGAGAUGGAGAAAUGGCGAAUUCGUACAAGUCCCUUGGGUAAGGACAGAUAUUAUAAUAGGUAUUGGUGGUUUCACCGUGAUGGGAGGAUAUUUGUUGAAAGUUCUGACUCCAAGGAGUGGGGAUUCUACAGUAGCAAAGAAGAGCUUGAUGCAUUGAUGAGUUCACUGAAUUGCAAAGGUGAAAGGGAAAGGGCACUGCAUAAACAACUGGAAAUAUAUUAUAAUAGAAUAUGCUCAGAACUGCAGAAAAGUUCAAAGGAUUUGGUGCAUAAGGUUGCCCAGGAUGACUCUAUGGUCCGAAGGUCUACUCGUGUUCGGGCUCCACCUAGGGAAAAUCCUUCCAAAGCUUUCCUCAAAUAUGCCAAUGUGUGGAAAGAAGAGUAAGUGAUUUAAGGUGGUUUUUGACAUUUUGGUAAGAAGUUCUUCAAACUGAUGAAACCGGAGUUGGUUUUUUAUUCAUUUGGUGGGGGGUACAUUUUGGGGGGCAGGUCAGUUAACUUAUACUCUAUAGGUAAUAGGCUCGUAGGCUUGGAGAGAAUAGGAAUUGUUUUUCAAUCCAUUUUUGGAAGAUGGACAAGCGUUUGUAUAUGCUUGCUUUUGAAAUUUUAUGCAUAACAUAUACUGUAUGAUAUAGCAGAAAGAAACUAGUAUAAAAAUGUUGUUUUACUCUUUUAUGUUGCCUGA